GGGUCACUACCGACCGCCAGCUUCCAAUUUCCGCGCCUUUGUGCAUAGCUUAGAGGAAGAAGGCGUUGAUAUGUCGCACGUGAGCAUCAGCAAAAGUUACGCUGUCCUAGUCGGAUUAGAAGCAUACGUCAAAACGAAGAAAAAGGGUAAGGAAGCGAUGCGGUCGGUUACGCGCCAGAAGCAGAAACUACUGGACCCCGAAGAAGCCCGAAAGGAGGAAGAGGCCGAGCUUGAUACCAGCCAAAGUGCGGCAAAGGAACGCAAAUUCCUCGAGAAGGAACGAGAAGAGGAACAGGUCCGCCGCGUUGAGAAUAAGGCAACUUUCAAAUUUAUGCAGAAACUGCAGAGGUUUAGUUUUCAACCGAAAACUCCCUCUAGCCAGAAAAACAGCGAUACGACACAUAAUUCAAAUAAGCAUUAACGAUGUGAUGAAGGGAAUUGGGUUGUUAGGGUUCCACAGGCAUUCGAUUGCAGUCAUUGGUUAUUAGCGUUCUACUAUGAUAUCCCUUAUUAACAUGGGCAGGUAAUUAACGGGAGUUCGAACAGCGUAUAGUAAUUAUCCAUUGUUUUUUAUCCACACCAAAGUACGAUUAUAUUUGUUGGAGUUAAGGAAUGUAUUGGUAUCCCCUUUACUGGUCCCAUAUUCUCUAUCCAGCAUAUCUUCCAUAUUACAAUCCUUCAAGGGGGACUUACCAUCCAUAAUAUGACUAGAACUUGGACGUUAUGAGGGAUAUAAGCGUUUAUUGUUUACCCUAUAAAGGGAUAACCAGCUCUUUCGUAAGAGGACAGAAGGCCAGACAUGACUAGUUUAACUCCAUCUGUAUCCUGUUUAUUUAAUAGCGGCGAUAUGGUUUGUAACCAAGCAAGUCCACUCCGACGAGCCGGUGUAGAUGGUAUACCCGUCAUUAUGCGUCUGCCCCGUGCUCAGCGUAGUCCCCAGCUGCCAGAACAGGUCGGCCGCUAGGCCCUUGGUCGAGAGCGCGGUCUUCUGCCACUUGCCCUCCACGCCGCAGUGGUCGGUCGCGGAUCCAUCUGUGUAGCUCACAUGGUUAGAUUUUGAUCGAAACGAGCCGGUCCUAGGGUAGCGUAGGUGUGGUAACUCACAUUCUUCAAACAAGCAGGGCUUC